ACCGGCCCCGCCACGGCUACGCAGCCGCCGGCCGGCGCUGCGAACGGGGACGCGCUGACGCCGGAGCAGUCGAAGGAGGCGCUGUUUGCGCGGCUCGGGGAGCUGGUCAAGGCGGCGCCGGUCAUGCUGUUUAUGAAGGGGACGCCGAGCGCGCCGCAGUGCGGGUUCAGCCGGCAGCUGGUGGGGAUUCUGCGCGAGCGGAGCGUCAAGUAUGGGUUCUUUAAUAUCUUGGCCGAUGAGGAUGUCAGGCAGGGGUUGAAGGAGUUUGCGGACUGGCCUACGUUCCCGCAGUUGUGGGUUAGUGGGGAGUUGGUUGGGGGGUUGGAUAUUGUCAAGGACGAGAUCGACAAUGAUCCGGAUUUCCUGCGUGAGUUCUCUGUGAACAAGGCUCCUGCUGCCGCUUGAGCGUAUAGAAUACGGGAAAGAGUUUUCUUUAUGU